UUUGUUUACAAAUAACAUCAAAACAAAUCAAUGCAUUUUUUGUAUUAAAUUUAAUUUAAAGUAAACAAUUGUUAAAAAAAAAUGUCCAUUAAACACUGCUGCAGUUUGUGUUGCACGGCAUGCAGUGAAUAUAAAUUAUUACAAAAUGAAGUGGGAGAUAGUAAUGAAAUCUAUGAAAUUACAGUCAAAUAUUUUGAUCCAAUGCUGCUUACAGAAGAAACAAAUCCUCUAUAUGGAGAAGAAAUUAAAGUACUUUGUCAGGAUUGUUGGUUACACAUUAAUGAUUUUCAUGAAUUUCAACAAAAUGUUAUUACCACUAGAAAUUGCCUUGAAAAAAGUCACACGAUAAAACAAUUGGAAUUGGAUAUAAAAACAGAAAAUAUUCAAGAUGAUACAACUCAUUGGGCUGAUAAAGAAAAUAUUGAUAAUAGUGAGGAGGAAGAUGUGGAGGAGGAAAGAAGUUUUGAAGAUAUUUUCAUGAAUGAGGAAGAUGAUUGUGAUAAUUUGGCAGCAGAUAAUACAAGCUCAAUAAAUGAAAAUAAUUGUAAGAUUGAUGCUGAUGAUGAGAAGCCCUUAACAAUUCUAGCAAAAAUAGCGGAUGAAGAACAUAAAUCUAUUGAAAAUAAACUAAAUAAUUCAAUUAAUAAAAAAAAUACUUUGGAAGAAGAAAAGCCUAAAACACGUAGAGGUAGAAGAGCCAAAAAUUAUACAGAAAACGCCUUAAAAGAUGGUCUUACAAAUGAAAAAAUUCCUAGCAAAAAAAGAAGAAAACUAAAAUUAACAGAGGAUACCAAAAAAGAUACAAUUAGUAAUAUAGAAAAAGGUAUCGAAUCAGAUAAGUUUAUAGCAGAAUGGAAACCAGAAUUAGAAUGUGAUCUAUGUGGUAAAACUAGUAAAUCCUUUCAAGAAUUACGGCAACAUUUUAAAGAGCAACAUAAAACGAGAGGCUAUAUUAGAUGUUGUGAGCGUAAAUUUCACCGCCGUUAUGUAUUGGUCGACCACAUUCGUUUGCAUCUAAAUCCCGAAAUGCAUAAAUGUGAUAUUUGUGGUAAACCCAGUUCCAGUCAAUACAAUCUUAAGUUACACAAGAAAAUUAUGCACGAAAGUACAGAACAAUUCGAGUGUGAGGUGUGUCAUAAAAUGUUUAAUCAAAAACCUACUUUAGAACGUCAUAUGCUGACGCAUGUUACGGGUAGUAAAGAUUUUGUUUGUCAAGAGUGUGGCAAAGCCUAUGUUCUUGAAGUCCAGCUAAAAUCUCACAUCAAGACAGUACAUAACGUAGAUCGUGUCUGCGAUCAAUGUGGCAAAACUAUACACGGAGUAGCUGCACUAAAGAAACAUCUUAUGGAACAUGCCGGUAUUAAAAGACCUAAAUUUCCUUGUGAUCAAUGUGGCACAGAAUUGAAUUCACGUAAUUCCUUAAGACGUCAUAUAGAAGCAUUCCAUCAUGAUGGUACGACUAUUUAUGUGUGUGGUAUUUGUGGUAAAGUUGCUACCAGUGAAACUGCUCUAUUAACACACAAGAAAAAUGUCCAUGAAGAAGAACGAAAACAUAAAUGCACCUACUGUGAUAAGGCAUUUAAGAGACCUAAAGUAUUGCGCGAACAUAUAGCCACACAUACGGGUCAGGAUCUGUAUCAGUGUCCUCAUUGUCCGCAAACAUUUAAAGUUAGUGCCAAUAUGCAUCAUCAUCGCAAGAAGGUACAUCCAGUGGAAUGGGAAGAGGGUAGAAAGAAUCGUUUACAAGUACCAAAAGUUAAUAUUAAUCAAGUUAAAAAUCAAGUUGUCUUAUAAUUAGUUUUUAUGAAUAAAAUAGUGCCGAAAAAAAAGUAUUUUAAAAAAUUAA